AUGGCGGCUUCUAAGGUUGUUACUGCGAUUACAGAUCUGCCUUAUCAGUCUUCUUCUUCUUCCUGUUCUCUUUCUUCAACUCUUGCUGAUCUCUCCAAGAUCUCUCCUUCCAUGAGUAUGGAUGAUCUCCUCAAGCUCAUUAACCCUCCCUUUGAACCUGAACCUGGUUCGGCUGCCAAUGCUCAAUCUGGUUCUGUUGGUUCGAUUCCUCGGCAGGGGAGCUUGACGCUUCCGAGGGAAUUGGCCGCCAGGUCGGUGGAUGAGGUGUGGAAGGAGAUGGUGGAGAGGAGUGAUCAGAUGCUGGUGGGCUCAGGGGUGGUGGGUCGAGAGGAGCAGACUGCUCUGGAGGAUUUCUUGAUCAAGGCUGGAGCUGUCAGAGAGGAGGACGUCAGAGGCGUUCCUGCUGUUGCGGUGGGUGCCGACGGAGGGAGCCACUGGGCAGACGCAGCGGCGUUCAAUGGUGUUGGUGAUGGUGGUGCUGGAUUCGCAGCGCCCUCAGUGCCGGCGUUUGAAAAAGUAAUUGAGGGGCCGGUGGUCGGGGGAGUAGCUGCAGAAUCAUCGAGAAGGGGAAAGAGGAGGGUUCAAGAGGCACCCAUGGACAGGGCCUCGCUUCAGAAACAGAGAAGGAUGAUAAAAAACAGAGAGUCCGCAGCUAGGUCCAGAGAACGCAAGCAGGCUUACACAUCUGAGUUAGAGGCUAUGGUAGCACAACUGGAGAAAGAGAACGCGCAGCUAAGAGCGGCUGAGGUUGAGAGAAACAAUGAGAGGUUCAGGCAGCUCAUGGAGUUCCUGCUUCCAGUUAUGGAGAAGGGCAGCGCUAGGCCUCGGAUCAUGCAUCGGAGGGUGAGUUCAGCUCAGUGGUGAUGCUGUCUG